AUUAUUGACGUGCAUCAGAUUUGCUCAUUGCUAUGGUGUCCUGAUGCAACGGCUUGUCGAACAGAGAUGGAGACCCCAAAUUGAAUUGUAGUCCAGAUAAGGAGAAAGUUAGGCUAUGAGUAUCGUGUUGUGAAGUUCAUGAAAAUUUCGGCGAGAGUUGCAUUAUUACCAUCACCCUCACAAGCACCAUUUGAGUUUUUUAAAUUGGUAGUUUUUGAGACACUGCUAAGUGGAUACCAGCACCAGGAUUCAGUAAAAGUUUGAAUUUUGCAUUCGUGACAACGUUGCAGCCCAGUUGGGCACAGAAGGAAAGUGUGCGCGGCAACCUUGAUGCAUCAAGAGGUGUCUUCCGAUUGAGUGUCAUUCCUAUUUUGCUAGAGAGGUCCCAAACCAAACCGUCAGUUUCUUGUAGUGAAUUUGUAGCGAUUUCGAGGGGGAAUUUCAACUGAGAUAGAGUAGGCAUUGAAUUUCAAUUCGCUUCUUCACUGAGCCUCUCUUCGGUUAUGAAUCAGUUGCCUUGUGUGACACGUAAGAAUCUCCGGGCGAGUGCAUGAAAGGAUGAGCAGCUCAAGCAGCCUCCGUAAGGUUAUCGGUUCCAUCAAGGAUACCACAAAAGUUGGUGUAAUCGCACUUAAUAGCGACUACAAGGAGCUUGAGAUCGCGGUGGUGAAAGCAACCAGUCAUGUGGAGUGCCCACCAAAGGAGAAACAUGUGCGAACUAUAUUUUUGGCAACAUCAUCAUCGAGACCGCGAGCAGAUGUGGCGUAUUGCAUUCACAAACUUGCAAGACGCAUUGCCAAAACACACACAUGGACGGUUGCAUUGAAGUCAAUGAUGGUGAUUCACAGAACACUAAGGGAAGGAGAUCCCACUUUCCGAGAUGAGCUUCUCAAUUAUGCCCGUAACCGAGGACAUGUUCUAAACCUAUCCAAUUUCAAGGAUGACUCUAACCCUAGUGCAUGGGACUACUCAGCAUGGGUGCGCACAUAUGCCUUAUAUCUUGAAGAGAGACUCGAAUGUUGUCGUGUUUUGAAGUAUGACGUUGAAGCUGAGCGAACAUCGAACCACAGUCGGACGAGGGAGCUUGGUACUGAUGAAUUGUUGGAGCAUCUGCCUGCAUUGCAACAGCUCCUGCACCGACUUAUGAAUUGCCAGCCCGAGGGAGCAGCGAUCUCAAAUUAUGUUAUUCAAGCAGCUUUGAGCUUGUGUCUAAAGGAGAGCUUCAAGAUUUACCGUGCGAUUAAUGACGGCAUCAUUAACCUGGUAGACAAGUUCUUUGAAAUGACUCGAAACUACUCAAUAAACGCUUUGGAAAUCUACAAACGAGCAACCCUUCAGGCUGCAAGACUUGUGGAGUUUUUCGAGAUGUGCAAAGGCUUGGACUUUGCUCGUAAUUUUCAAUUUCCUCAUCUAGAGCAGCCCCCAAAGUCGUUUCUUUACACCAUGGAAGACUACAUAAGGGAUGCUCCCCGCAUUCAAGAGGAAGUUGACGAACGCUAUCCCAAGAUGCUAACCGCAUCCGGUUACACAAGCAACGACGGUGCAACACCUCCAGCUGUUCAGCCGAUGGCUGAGGAAUUCUUCACUCCACCUCGAUCCGUAGAGUGGGAUCUAAUGGAAUUGAACGAUGUGUUGCAGGCGGAAAACAAUUCAUCGAAUUCUGGUCUUUACUCACCAAGUACAGCGCAGCCACCGCAAGUCACGGGUUGGGAACUUGCUCUUGUUUCGAACUUAGGAACCCGUGCUGCCAGUGCAUCUGCUCCCAGUGACAGGGUGUCUGGUUUUGAUAAGCAGUUGUUGAACAGCUUGUACGAUGACGCAAUGCAAAGAACAUUCCAAGCAGCAGGGACCCAGAACAGCGCUAGUCCAGUCUCAUCCGGAUCAACAAACCCCUUCGAGGACAUCAUUUUCGCAUCCAGCAACUAUGCGCUGGCAUCCCCGGUGGCGCACCGAGAUCCCUUCCUACGCCAGCAGCAGCAACAACAUAGGCUGUCCAGAAUGUCGAAUAACAAUCCUCCUCCCUCUGGCAACAACCCCUGGGGAUUGUCGCCAGUGAGGAGCCCCCAGUCGUCAACUUCACCACCACCUCAGCUGGCGUUGCCACCACCAUCCAAGUAUCAGCGGGAGGGUGGGUACUUUGACAGCAAUUCGCUGCGAAUUCCCAACUUGCUGUGAUUGCUGUGCAUACAUUUGCAAGUGAUUGCUGUGCGCACACACACACACACGCACACGCACAAGGAAGUGGACAGUGGAAAGUGUUGGAGCUCUCUCUCCCUCCCUCUCUCUCUCCUUCACUCUGUUUCAGGGGCAGGAGCGGGCGAGCGGGCAGGGAAGCCCAUGGGACGGGCAGGGCACACAACCUCUCCAUCACACACAUGAAUCAGCCCCCAGACGGCACCGGCACGGGCAGCUGGCUUGAGAGUGCGGUCGGCAGGAGAGAGGGGCAGGGGGGAAGAAGCAGUAGGCCCAGAAAUGGGUCCAUCCACAAAUUCCUUCAUUCAUCUGCAUGAAUAAUAAUGGGGGGGGGUCAGAACGGAGCAAUGGCCCCCGCCACCACUUCCGUUUCUGCAUGAGAGUGAGGCCCUCCUGACUCCACAACAUUCGUCCAGACCCCCCAUGGAACCAACCCUUGUUAAUAUGGAUGAUGCUUCUAUUUCAAGCAGACCCCAAUGCUUCACAACUAACAAUCCGCAUUUUGCUAUUCCCUCCCUUACAAGGGAAAUCAUGUCACACACUCCAUUAUAUUUCUAAUAUUUUAUUUAUUAUUUUA